CGUGCGUUAGGGGGGAUAUUUUCUGUUGGCAACUUGUUGGAAUGUGGAUAGCGAGUCACAUUGUACAUUGUAGAUGAAGUGAGUUAGAGUUGUCACAAUUCUGUACCUUGGAAGAAAAAGGGCCAAUCUCCAAAAUUACCAUUUUGAAUUGAAGUUUAUAACACUAUUAUACUUAUGUGCUUUCUACCUUUAUGUGUAAAAGAGGCCAAUCUCCUAGAACAUGUCAUUACUAAAAUAAAUUACUUCUUAAAGGCCAAUGUGACUAUUAGCUUCAAUUUUAAAAUGGCCAAUUUCCCACUUUGGCCUUAAGGUUGUUAUGUAUGAAACCAAAUAAAAGGGCCAAACUCCAUUUAUUGUGGACAUUGGCCUUAUGUUCUCUUGUAUUAAAGUGGACAUUGGCCUAUUUAAUAACGAACUAGCUAUACGCAAGUGCGAAUGGGUAAACACGUGCAACAGGUACAUUUUGCAAUUUUAACUUUCAUGUUGUGGUUGUGCAAGUGCAUUAGUUCAAAAUGUGCAGUAAAAGAACAAAAGAAAUUCUUAAAUUAUCAGCUAUGAAAUGUGGGAAUCGCAACGGUAAGCGGAAACAUUUUAAAUUAAUAAGUAAACUUAUUUUUAACUUUUCUCCUACAGAAUCUAUAGACCAGGUUAGUACUUCUGCAGAGAUGGAUUCCAGCCUUAUAGAAGUUUUACCGGCGUUGAUAUGUGGGUCCAGUAUUCAGUCUGCUGUGAAUCAAACACACCAGCAACUCUUACUGUCAACACCAUUAGGAGAUACUAUUUUAGAAACGUUCAUGGACCUACAGGCAGUUCCACCGGUACCUGUGGAGUCAAAUGAAUUCCAGCCACAAGAUCGAAAUGGAGAUUAUUUGGAAUUGGUGACGAUGCAGCAACAGAGUCCUUUAUGUUCUAUUGACGAGAAUCAUGGGUUUGAAGCAGUAGACGAGUACGAGGAUAUGGGAGAAGUAGACGUAUCGGACGAUCAGGACAAAGUACCUAAUGAAGAGGAGAUGAAUACAUCAAACGAAAAUGGUGAACUUGAAGAUAGCGUAACAGAUGACGGAAAAAGAAGAGUUGGAGAUGGCGGAAUGACAACUGAUGAGGAUACAACCAGAAAACAUGAUGUGCUUCAAGAUGAUGGAUCAGAUGACCGAAAAAAAAAAGGGUUGGAGGUGGUAGAAAGAGGACUGCUGAAGAAGAUAGAACCAGAAAACGUGUUAAGCAGCCCAAGACGUGGUCACAGACUCAAAGAAAGGAAAAAAGAGAAAGGGGGUUGGAAUAUACAACGAAAAAGGGGAAACAAAUAA